GCUGGGAGGACUCGGCUCCAGGUCCAGUGUGGGGGGUGUCCGAGCGGCUGGGGAGCGAGAGGAGUGGCCGGAACUGCUUGAGCCAGCAUGUGAGUGAAAGGAGGGGCAGAGGGAGAGCAUCUUCAAGCAGAUCUCCCAAUGAGCCUCGAGCUGCAGGCCGGGCUGAAUCUCACCCCCAAUGAGAUCGUGACCUGAGCUGAAACCAAGAGCUGGAUGCUCAACCGACAGCGCCACCCAGGCGUCCCAACCAAUAAUAUCCACAUUUCACUUUCCGUGCUUAUCAAAAGUUUUAAUUCAUCAUGGAUAAUCUGUCAUCAGAAGAAAUUCAGCUGAGAGCCCACCAGGUUACUGAUGAGUCUCUGGAAAGUACAAGGAGAAUCCUGGGUUUAGCCCUUGAGUCUCAGGAUGCAGGAAUCAAGACUAUCACUAUGCUGGAUGAACAAGGGGAACAACUAAACCGCAUAGAGGAAGGCAUGGACCAAAUAAAUAAAGACAUGAGAGAGGCUGAGAAGACUUUAACGGAACUCAACAAGUGCUGUGGCCUUUGCGUCUGCCCAUGUAAUAGGACAAAGAACUUUGAGUCUGGUAAGGCCUACAAGGCAACAUGGGGAGAUGGUGGAGACAACUCUCCUAGCAAUGUAGUAUCUAAGCAGCCAGGCCGAGUGACAAAUGGUCAGCCUCAACAACCAACCACUGGAGCAGCUAGCGGUGGAUACAUUAAACGUAUAACUAAUGAUGCCAGAGAAGAUGAGAUGGAAGAGAACCUGACUCAAGUGGGCAGUAUCCUAGGAAACCUAAAGAACAUGGCCCUGGACAUGGGCAAUGAGAUCGAGGCUCAAAACCGACAAAUAGACCGGAUCACAGAAAAGGCUGACACCAACAAAGAUCGUAUUGAUGUUGCCAAUGCCAGAGCAAAGAAACUCAUUGACAGCUAACACUGCUGCUGUACUUCUUUAUCGUGUAUUCACGUCUCUAGCUCUUCCUUCAAAGUCAUUACCUUUUCAGAGUUUAACAUUUUGGUUCCAUGCUCUUCUCAAUCAGGAGAUAAUGUGCAAGAAGGGCCAGGAGUACAGACCCCCUAUUCUUUUAUGAUCUCUUUCCCUUGAGGGAAUACUACUGCUCAGACUUCCUUCUAGUAUUUUUUGUCCCUUGGUUCAUAGUCUUAGAUUGGUUUUUAUACAUUAUAUAUAGUAUUACUUUUCAUCUUCCUCAUUUACUUUAGCAGGUUCUUUUGCUUUCAAGAUUUGGAAGCAUUGCCAAAUCAGCCAUGAAGAAGGAAGCUAGAGGCAGGGGGGGUGAGCACAAGGAGGAGAGGCAAGAGAUUUGAGGUUGUUACCUCAGUAAAACCUGCAGGCCACAAAGCAAAAGUUGCAUAGCCACAGUAAAGAUCUAGUGGGGUUUAAUUUUUCAAUUUAAGUUGCAGUUAUUGCCAGUUUAGGCUACUACUUGGUUUCGGAGCUUUUAUACACAAUAUUUUUGUUAUACAUUACAACUUGGCAACCUCUGCUCCAAAAAAAUAGAAUCACUUUUUCAAAGUGGGCUUAGUUUCUGAACAUUUGCUGAUUUAUGUAUAUACAUAGACAGUGAUCCCAUUUCACACUGCACAAUACAGGAACACUUUGUAUAAAUGAAUGACUUUUUAUUUUCACAUUAGUAGUAUCAUGGUCCCAUUACAUACCUAUUAACCUCGUAAAUUUGUUAUUAGUCUUGGGAGAAAAAAAUAUGUAAAUAUGUAUUGUAACAUGAGAAUUUCUCUCUAAAGCAGGACUUAAAAUUUUUUUGGAAAAGUUUGACAAAAUAUAUUACGUGAAUUCAGAUUUACCUCAAUGUCAAGAAUUAUGUUUAGAUAGGAAAAAAGAAACUUGUUUUGAUCUCAGGUAGAAAAAUAGUUAGAUUGCCUUGAGUUUUUUUAUAGCUUUAGACUUUAAAAAAGCUAGACUUUAUUCUGUUUAACUAAAAGUGAUUUGGAAAAUUAUGCCUUUGGUUUAAUUAUUGAUGAUUGCACUAUCAUUCAGUUAGCCUUGUAGAUUGAAUUAUGUCUAGAAUCACAUUUAUUUAGAUCCUGAACAGUGUUAAAUCUGAUUGAUAUUUGUCACCUUUAUUUAAGAAGUAGUAUCUGCACACUUCAAAGCUAUUAAUGUGGAUCGGUUUGACCAAUACCACUGCUUGAUCUUUACAAUUAAAUUUUAUAACUAA